AUGAAACCUCAACACGGCCUCUUUCUCCAUUUUUCUGCCUUCCGUGUGCCAUUGUCAAGUACCUUUAUGACACUUAUGCUCUCAACCCUUAAAUCCAGCACAGCGACUUUUAAAGGUACAUGCAUCGGCAUGUUGAAUAUGCCAUUAAUAAGAGACCGGUUUGCAGCGGCGACCCUGUUUUCAGACCGCCUUGUCACAUUGCGACGCUGGCUUGAAAAAAUGCUGGCAUCCGCGAACGUUCCGCUUCCGCCUACCGCGGAUCCCGCGGAUGUCUCCCCAGCGCGCAUUGCGCCCUGCGCGUACGAGUUGCACAAUGACAGCCGGGGGAAGGAAAUGCUCCGCCACACGGACGAGCUUGCGCCUUUCCGCUGGUCCUCCAGAACCAUGAGACUCCUCUCCCCCAUCCCCCCCCUCCCAUCCCCCUCCUCUCCCCCUCUCUCCUCUCACCUUUCCCCCUCUCUUCCUCCUCCCUUCCCCCCUCCCUUCCCCUUUCCCUUCCCACCACGCCUUCCCCCCUCCCUUCCCCUCGCUUCCCCCUCCCUUCCCCCACCCUUUCCCCUUCAGGCUGUGCGCGACUCAUCCACAGAACCGUCGCGUCCCCCAACCCUCUUUCCACUUAUCUUCCCCCCACCCCGUUCCCCCUCCCGUCUCCCUCCGCACAUUUUCCCCAUCAAGCUGUGCCCCGCUUUUGAUGAGGAAAUGGUGCGCGGCUCUCCUGCACAACCGCUGUGCGCGGCUCACCUGCAGAACAGGCCGUGGCAAGCAGUGCACCCCCUCCCACUCCCUCCCAACCCCUCCCACCCCUUCCCAACCACUUCCCGCCCCCUCCCACCCCUCCCCCUUUUUGUUACCGUCAGGCUGUGCACGGCUCACCUGCAGAACCGCCCGUGGCAAGCAGUGCACGCGUUCUAUGCCAGCCUGGCAGCAGGACACGUGGCGCUCUCUGAUUUGUCCAGCAGUUCGCCUGCUAAUGGUCAGGGGGUUGCAGCUGAUAAGCAGAUGUGGGAGAAUAGCAUCUCAAACGAGCAGGCACGGGGCGUGGGAGGGGCGCAGCACAGUGCGACUGGUGGUGGCAUACGAUGGGGGCGCGUUCCAUGGGUACCAGAGCCAGCAAGUAGCAGUCACGGUGCAGAGGUGCGUAGUGUGGUACUGUGUGGUAGGGUGCAGGGUGAUGGGUUACCAGAUGCGGCUGGUGGUGGCAUACGAUGGGGGGGCGUUUCAUGGAUAUCAGAGCCAGCAGAGAGCAGUGACAGUGCAAAGGUAUGGUAUGUGCAACUGGUGGUGGCAUAUGAUGAAGGGGCGUUCUACGGGUAUCAGAGCCAGCAGGGGGCAGUUACAGUGCAGAGGUGUGGGGUGCGGUACAGGAGAAGGAAGGUGGGAGAAGGGUGCGUUAGCACCUGUUCCCUCUCUCUAACCACCGUUCCUACCCCCCUUCAACCCAUUCUUCCCCCUCUCACCAGCACGCUAGAGUCCGCCCUAGCCCCUUUUUGCGAGCACCACCCAAAGAAGCAGCAGGGGAGGGCGAGAGGGCAGGGCGGUAGCAAGGCAUGGAAGGAGCGACGAGAGAAGAAGGGAGGGGUGAAGCGGACAGGGGAGGAGGGGCAGGAGAAGCAGAGGGAGGAGGGGCAGGAGAAGCAAAGGGAGGAGGGGAAGGAGAAGCAAGGGGAGGAGGGGGAGGAGAAGCAAAGGGAGGAGGGGCAGGAGAAGCAAGGGGAGGAGGGGGAGGAGAAGCAAAGGGAGGAGGGGCAGGAGAAGCAAGGGGAGGAGGGGGAGGAGAAGCAAAGGGAGGAGGGGCAGGAGAAGCAAGGGGAGGAGGGGGAGGAGAAGCAAAGGGAGGAGGGGCAGGAGAAGCAAGGGGAGGAGGGGGAGGAGAAGCAAAGGGAGGAGGGGCAGGAGAAGCAAGGGGAGGAGGGGGAGGAGAAGCAAAGGGAGGAGGGGCAGGAGAAGCAAGGGGAGGAGGGGGAGGAGAAGCAAAGAGAGGAGGGGCAGGAGAAGCAAGGGGAGGAGGGGGAGGAGAAGCAAGGGGAGGAGGGGCAGGAGAAGCAAAGGGAGGAGGGGCAGGAGAUUGGGGACUUGGAGAGUAUGAGGGAGAGGUGUGACAAGGGAGGUGGGCUGAAGGUUACAAGGGUAGCAGUAGUGGUGGCUGGAAGGACGGACAAGGGCGUGCAUGCAGCAGGGCAAGUGUGUGCCUUCCGUGAGUUUCUCUGCCACACAUGGAAGGACCCCCUGGAUCUCACAGCAGUAGCUGCAGCUGUUGAUGCAGCAGCCGAGGGAAGCCUGAGAGUCAUCAGCAUUUCCAAGGUCCCUCGUUCCUUCCACCCGCAAUUCUCAGCUCGCUGGCGCCGCUACCUCUACCUCCUGCCGCUGCUGCAGUGGGAGGGGUGCGCAUUAGGAAGCCUGAGCGUGAGAAUGUGUGCUUGUGCAGAGAGGCCCAGUGGAGAAGGGAGAUCAGCACUAGAAGGAGGGUUAGAAGGAGAGUCGGAUCGUGAUGCAUUGCCUCUUGGUUCAGAGGUGUUACAAAUGGAGGGUCUGAGCGCGUAUGAAAACACCACUUGGGGGUAUUUGCCUGUUGCCGUGCCCUUGCGUAUGGAGCAAGGGAAGGUGGAAAAGAGAGGAGAAGUUGCGGAGAGGAUUGCGGAGGGAAGGAAGGAGUUUGGAGAAACGGAGGCAAGAGGAGGGAUGACAGGGGUGUGCGCAUGCGGGUCGUGCACCCGCGUUAAGAAGGCGUGUGUGGCCGUGCUGGACCCUUUUGAUGCGAGGUGUAUGGGAGAAAACGCCUUCAAGCGCGGCUGUAGAGAUGAUGGAAGAGAGGCGUCAGCAGCCACAGCAGCAGCACCCCCACGGCUAAGGGUGCUGUGUGUGGAACUGGUGGGAGAUAGAUUCCUGCGCCGGAUGGUGCGAGUGCUGGUGGCGACGGCAGUGAGGGAGGCAGCAGCAGGGGGGGGUGACAACUGCCUGCUGAGACUAGCAGCAACAGGGGAGAGGCGGUCCACAGCACCCCCUGCUCCUGCUGCUGGGCUGUGCCUCGUGGACGUGGGCUACAGUGAUGCUUUACCACCACUACUAUAA